CGUUCCUCUUUAGCGCCGAGUUCCCGGAUAUUGCUUCCUUUUCCCUUUUCGGAAGAUGGCGGACGAGAAAAAGGCAAAGAGGGUUCGGAAAACCCAUACCAGCCGCAACCCCGUGCUGGCCCGGGGGAUUGGGAGGUAUUCCCGGUCGGCCAUGUAUGCCAGAAAGGCCAUGUAUAAGCGCAAAUACAAGGCUCCAGAAACAAAGAUAGAAAAGAAAAAGAGAGAGAAGGAGCCGGCCACUAUCACGAAACCUGUUGGUGGGGAUAAGAAUGGAGGCAACAGGGUGGUCAGACUUCGCAAAAUGCCCAGAUACUACCCAACAGAAGAUGUCCCACGUAAGCUGCUGAGUCACGGCAAAAAGAAUUUUGCCCAGCACAAGAGGAAGCUGCGGGCUUCAAUCACCCCGGGAACGGUCCUGAUCCUUCUCACCGGCCGCCAUCGAGGCAAGCGUGUGGUCUUCCUGAAGCAGCUGGGAAGCGGUCUGUUGCUGGUGACCGGGCCCUUGGCCAUCAACCGUGUGCCUCUGCGUAGGGCUCAUCAGAAAUUUGUCAUUGCCACCUCUACCAAGGUUGAUAUUUCUGGCGUGAAAAUUCCCAAGCACCUCAGCGACGUUUAUUUCAAAAAGAAGAGACUGCGCAAACCCAAGCACCAGGAGGGUGAAAUCUUUGACACGGAGAAAGAGAAAUACGAGGUAACGGAGCGUCGCAAGGCUGACCAGAAGGCUGUGGACUCCCAGCUCCUCCCCACCAUCAAGAAGACACCGCAGCUGCGUGGCUAUCUGCGGUCCACAUUUUCCCUCUCCAAUGGUGUAUAUCCUCACAAAUUAGUCUUCUAAGUAAGCGUGGAGACGUCAUAGUAAAGCUGGUGGAAAAAACA